GCACAAUGCAAAAUGAGAAAGACCUGUGAAAAUGGCUGUAAAACAGUCUUGCCUCUCACGUUUUCAUACAUUAACGACGCUUGUCCUGGCUCUUCCACAGGGUUGAGGGUACAGAGCCUGCCUACAUUAGCCCCCUUGUCUGCUUCUCUUCCGGCAAAAAUUAUCUCGUCGACAGGCAUCUGGACAAGCCCUCCGCACAGCGCCCCUGCCUCCCCGACCACUGACACAACCAGCGACUCGGUCUUCCGAGUUACGGCCUCUGCUCCAACACCUACACUCCCCAAGAACAUUUCCGAAGAGCCCAGAGAAGAGGACACCAGCCUCCCGGCUUCUCACUUGGAAGGCAAGAACCCAGACACCUCACCGACAACCCGUGGGGUGCAUGUAACACCCACACUCUCAGAACACAGCUCAGGCAUUCCCAAGGCAAGCGUUCCACCUACAGGGUCGCAGCCCCCCACUGACACCCCGGCUGAGACCCCAGCCGAGUCCCCCACUGAGUCUCCCGCACUUACCUCCCCUCAGACUCCAGCCUCAUCACCCCCACCCCUAUCAACCUCACCGCCGGAGGUUUCGUCUGUCUCCUCUGCCAGCACCAACCACAGCUCUGCUGAGACCAGCACCAAGCCCACGGGGGCCCCGACCACACCAGAGCCCCCAACGGAGGAGCACAGCUCUGAGCGCACACCCACGUCGCAUGCCACAGUGGAGCCUGUGCCCACGGAGACAACACCCCAAGCAACAGUGCCACCCAAAGUGACCUGUAUGCUGAUAGACAUCGAGACCACUGCCUCCCCUGGGGUGAUCAUGCAGGAAGUGGAGCAUGCGCUAAGUUCAGGCAGCAUCGCCGCCAUCACGGUGACCGUCAUUGCCGUCGUACUGUUGGUGUUUGGAGUUGCGGCGUAUCUGAAGAUCAGGCAUUCCUCCUACGGGAGGCUUCUGGACGAUCACGACUACGGCUCCUGGGGAAACUACAACAACCCUCUGUACGACGACUCCUAACGAAGGAACGUGGCCGGGAUGAGGAAACUGGUCUUUAUUUAUAAGUGCUUUCCCAGUAGAGUUAAUACAAGUACCUGAUGCGCUUCGAGCGACAAUCUUCAGCCCUUGUUUUGUUGGUUCUGUUGUUUUGUUUUCCUGCCCCCCUCCUCUGGCUGCUAUAACUUCCCCUUUCUGGUACAAAAAAGAAGCACUGUUGAAAGGUGAGUGGAGGCGUAUUUGCAGCUGAACUGGGCCGGCCUGGAGCGGAGCCGCGGGCCAGACCACCCAGACCACCGUGGUGGAGGCCCCGUCCCACCGCAGGGGCCGCUGGAGGAGGGGCUGAGGGCCAGGCCCUGAGUUGGUUUGUGUGUGUGUGGUGGGGGGUUACUUGGAGGGGGGACUUUCUGUUUGUGGUAUUUCUUAAACUUUUAUUUAGAAAAUUAUAUUAAAUCUCACUGAGGGGAAAGGAAAUGAGUCCCCGGAGGAUUUCACCCUGCUGGUGAGGAAGCAGGGACUGCUCGGAUUCCUUUUUCAUCUCUGUUUCUACCCAGGUGUGUCCGACAGGCUGCCUGCUCGGCUCUACAAGCUGGAUGCCAGCUUCUUAACUGCCCAGUUAAUGGAAGAGGAAACUAGAAGGUGCCCUGGAGGCGGCCAGCAAGCCGAGGGACAGAGGGGCCAUGUUGGUGUCAGGGCUCCGCAUGCCCUCUACCUGUUCUCCCCUCCAGGCCACCUAUCUCUGCUAAGGAUGCUCAGCUGCGGCCGGUCUCCUGGCCCCCAGCCCGCCACACAGACAGCUGCGAGAUUCAUUAUCCAAGAGAAAGGGAGAGUGGGCGUGCGGUGGGGCAGGGCGCAGGCUAGGAGCAGACAAGCACUGAGUGCCGCUUUAGGGAAACUAGAAAUCCGCCCUCAGUAACUAACAAAAUCAUCCACUGCUUGAAGGAGCCACUGGAAUCCUUGCUUUUUACCCACAAAACAGCUCCCUCACUGCCUUCCUGUCCAUUGGAUAGUGUCUAUAAACGGUUUUUUAAAAAGUGUCAAGGUAUUAGUCUAUCUGCAGUUGUUCAGUGAGGCGAUUCCAUAGGAAACAGACACCAUGAUUCAUCCAUGUAUUCUUCCUCUACACGUACCUCGCUAAUUCUGCCCUUUAAUUAAUGAGCACUUCUGGGUAUACUUAAAAUCUAACAGCUCGAAUUUUGAAUAAGAACUGAUUGUGUUUGUGGACGUCUAUUUAUUGCAGUGGUUCUCAACUGGCAAUUUUGCUUCCCCCAGGAAACACUGAAAAAUGUCUCGUGAGAUCUUUGAGUGUCACAACUUAGGGGUGUCCCCAGUAGGGAGAGACCACAGAGGCAGUAAACAGCCUAUAGUGCACAGGCUAGGCCACCACAACAAGGAAUCAUCUGACCCGAAAUGUCAAUUUGAUGAACCCUGAUUUACUGAAACACCCAUCGUAACAAAACAAGACCCUGCCAGAUUAGUAUUAUGUUUUAAUUUUUAACUAAAUGAAAUGGUUUGUUAAAUUGUUAUCUAAAAAGUAUUUCAUUUGUUGGCUAAUGGGUUGGUUUGGCAUGCAUGGCUGUCUGUGGAUUUCUGUGUUCUCUAGAUAGCUUUAUUUCAUGGCUAGAACUCUAGCCUCCUGCUCACACCUGACAUGAGCAAACAGCAUCUCAUGUCCUGAUUGGAGUAGGAAACCCGUGGUUUAGGAAACAUACACAGCGCCCUGUUUCAGAAUGUGUUCUAUUGUCACACAGUGUUUUCAAGAACUUGAAACAAAUAGGAUCAGUUUUUCUUUCUAAACUUGGACGUGCUGCCAUGGCUCUGUUUGGUUUCUAGAAACUUGACCCUCAGGUCGACCUGUCCCUCGCUGUGGUCCAGGAGGUACUGACAUGAACACCAUCGCUGCCGUACUAGUCAGAGGUGCGAGGAGGGUGCCACGUGCCUCAGCCUGCUGUCCCGCACCCUGCAAAGACUAAUUUCUUAAGCUCCUUCCAUAUCGAAGGAGAAUGAGCAACCCCCGGAGGUAUUUUACUGCCAGGAAUUCUGGUAUCUCUGAUUAUUAAAAAAUGACCCCAAAAAGUGGACAUUCGCAGAAAAAUGGCCAGGGAUGACCCAAGGUACCCCUCAGGCCCUGAUGGGCCUGAAUAGUUGUCUCUCUUCCCUCCUCUCAUGCCCUUAAAAAGGCCUCUAGGCUCUCAAUUAGCAAAGGACAAUUCAGUAAAAAUAGGAUAUCCCUUUUUCUCCCUCGGCCACAAACACUUUGACAAAAUGUCCAUGAAACAUCAUUAGAUGGGUGCUUUUCUGGAUAAGGCUUCAGUCAUAAAUGCUGGGUCAGAGGGACCAACCACUUCCCAGGAGACGCUGACCAAUUAUGAACCACGAACUCAGUAAGCAUCUGUCCUUACCAAAGUCUUCUGUUGUUCAAGAGCAGUUGAUGGGUUUGUUGCUCCUAUUAACUUCCAAAUCCUUAUGGCAAAGAGAUAUCUGGACCUCAGGAAGAUAUAUUCGGCAAGGUGAUAGCUUCCCAUAAAAACUCUUAACACUCCGUGUUAUGUCAGUAUAAAAUAUCUAUAGGUUAAACCUUAUUUUGCCAAGUGCAUUUUUUCUGAGUUGGCCAAAGAAUUUGAACAACUGUAUUCAACACAGGUCGCUUAACACACACACACAAACACCCCUGAAGUACAUGCUGGUAAUUGAUGUCCUGUGUGUCAGAGAGAGUCCGUUCAGGUCUACACAAGGGAAAUAGCUCCAGUGGAUCUAAAGCAACCACAUCCCAUCCAGGAAUAGGACUAGUCAAUAAAGUGAUAGAAUGUCCGAGCAGGAGGGAGGCAAGCAGCCUCUUCUAGUCCACAGAUUGCAAAUGACGAGGAGUGGGACUCAACUUUGCUUUCUUUUCUGCUGGCCCCAGUGAAGUCUCCUGCCCUCCGUGGAUGUCUGUCUUCAUUUCUUAAAUGAGGGUGAUGCUUUCCUAUUGGCCUCACCCCAUCCGACCUCACAAAUGUGUUGUGAGGAUUAAUGAAACAAUGUCUAGUGUUUUCAGUUUCUGGAGAAAAAUAUUUAUAGACAUUUUAAGUAUUACGCAGAUAUAUAAGUGAUCUCAGUUUCAGUUUCUUGUUUGUUGUUAUACUGGUGUGUUGUUUUUACUUAAAUCUAUCAAGGGACAGCUGUAUCGUAGCCCAAUCAGGCAGCUGUCCCAGCUCGGAGCUCCCCACCCCCGUGCAGCUGACUGACUUCAGGGUUAGCCAUGCCCGGGACCAGAAGAAUGGUUUCUAUCUCUAAAUGAAAAGAUGUCCCAGGACAUAGGUCUCCCAGACCACUGAGUGAGGAUCCAGGAGGUUAGGGUAACACAGUAUGAACAGCUGAGCACUAACAGCAGUCGGCCUCUGGCCUUUACCAUCCCGAAGCUCUUCCGGGUUCUUUACAGAGUUGAUUUUGGUUCGAUGUCAUCUAUUUGCCCUUCACCUUGCUUGCAAGGGUGCAUGGUUCAAUCCCUCACAUAUGGGAAAUGAAUUUUGCAGCUGGGCCAUGUUGAUUUGCACGUUGAUUCACCUUCUUUGCCUUUAAUCUCUUGUUGGCAAAUGAAUGUACCACUUCAACUUUGAUUCUAAAGUGCUCGUUGAUACUGGUAAAAGUGCUAACCAAAAGACCAAUGCCAGCUUGCUUUCUUGGGGUGAGUUAGCCAACAUCAUUUAAAGAUGGAAAGAUGUACAACUUCUUUGAUAUUUGAUGUCAUUGUACCUACAUUUGUUGUAAGACAUAUUGCAUACUAAUUAUAAUUAUAUCAAUUAAAGUUGUUAAAAGCCUGCAUCCGA